GCCGGACGCCGCCAUGUCGCCGGUUUCCAUCCACUCGGGAUGGGACUCGUUGGCAACCAGGAACUCGGCCCAGAACUUCCGGGUUCGCCCCCCCGCUCCCACCAGCCCCCGUACCGCAGGGCACGCUGGGGGAGGAGCAUUCCCUCCCACGGUACCUGGGAUUUGCGUCGGAUAUUCUUUCGGAACCACAAAUCCCAGGAUGCAAUGCGCCUGGACGGCGUCCUAUGACGGUCGAGCGCGCGCCGUCAGAGGUUCCGGGGGCAGAGGGGAUUCACUUCCGGUGGCAGGAAGCGAAGCCAUGGCCGCCAUCCUCCGAGCCGUGCCACGGUUGGCAGGCCCAGCUGCCUGGAGAAGGCCUGUGUGCGGGCUGUGGUGCCGCACCGGGCAGGAUCCUGGGAGGUGGAUGGGGAGCAGGACCCCCACCCCGAAGGAGAAGCCUGCAGGCACGGACGCGGAGCAGUUCCGGAUGGUCUACCGGUUCGAUGCUAUCCGAGUCUUCAAGUACCUGUCCCGGCUGAAGGUGACGCAGACGGCGCUGACGCUGCUGGCCCUGCCGCCUGGCUUCUACGGGUAUUCGCACGGCCUCGUGACUCUCAACAACUUGUGCCUGGCGGGUGGGGUAGCCGGCUUCGCCCUGGCCAUGCUUUUCUGGAUGAGCCACUUCUUCCGGAGGCUGGUGGGCAUCCUGUAUGUGAACGAGGCGGGCACUGUGCUGCGCGUAGCCCACCUGACCUUCUGGGGCCGGCGGCAGGACACGGACUGGCCCGUGGCCGAUGUGAUCCCCCUGACAGAGAGCGAGGACCGGCCCCAGGAGCUGUUCAUGCGCAUCCAGCAGUACGGCGGGAAGCAGACCUUCUACCUCAGCCUGCGCUACGGACGCGUCCUGGACAGAGAGCGUUUCACACAGGUGUUUGGGAUGCUGGACACCCUCAAGUGAGCUGGGAGCUGGGCCUCCGGGUGGCCCUGGGCCGCCCGGAUCUCCAGCAGGAAGGCCGAGGGUGUGGGUGAGGCCGCAGAGCGGGAUCAGGCCGCUGGAGACCUUGCCAGGGCCUCCCAGCUCUUGUCUUUUGGGAUGAGGAAAUUACGAGGCAGGAGCUAGUGACUGGGUUUAGGAGAGAGGUCCUUAGUACAAAUUCUUACUGUAUUUGCGUGCGACAUUCAGCCAGAUGAUGGCCAGAAGUUUCUGUUAACCGCCAGUUCUUGGAUGAAGCUAUGUCGGGUUCACUCAAGCGGUGCCGUGCUGAGAAAUCGGAAGGCGGGGAGGUGCGCGGGGGGGAGCCCAGGAUUUGGAGUGAGAACGCUCGGGCGCUGUCCCUUCUCAACUCCCGGUCCUGCAGCAGGUUAUCGAGUCUUGCUGAACCUUGGUUGUCGCAUCCGUGGAAGGGAAAAUCCUGCUUGUCACAUGGGAUGGGUGUGAGAAUAAACAGUAAAUGUCAAGGUCAGUGCAGAGGUCAGGGUGUGCUGCAAGGCUUCAGGGCAGUUGGGAGGGAGGUCCCAAGCCCUGUGUCUGGCCCCCUCAGGGGCUUACCCCGAGAAAGGACUGGGAAGAAGCCUAGAUAGAGGAGGGUCAUUUGACCCCGCCGGGAUGGUGACCGCACAGUGACCGGGACAGGUGUCGGCCCAGUGAGCACAGCACUUCUGCCAAGAUUGUGUUCGCCACCCAGACGCCUGAGGGCCCUCCCGUGGGAAUGCUCUGCGAUGUGAUAAAGUGAGAUGAACUGUAUUCUGGUACCUUAUUUUAUAAACCAAAGCUGACUAUAUGCACUGCCUUUCCCUGCAGUCAGUGCUGCAUGUCUGUUACACAGUCGGUAACAGUACAGAGGAGGGAAGGUGUGAUCUCUCUUAUUCUGCCUCUCAGAAGUCAGUAAAUUACAUGUUUC